AUGGCUUCUACAAGAACUUGCCUGUCACAACUGACACGAACGACACUAUCACGACCAAAUCUCUACGUCCCCUCAAUCUCGAUACAACAGCGUGGUGCUGCUCAGAGUGCCAACGCGCAAAAGUACAAGCGCAAGGAAUUGCCCACAUCACAGCGCAAGAAGAAGAGCAGGACCACCUUUAUCAACCAUGACUUGAAAGACGCCAUCCAGUUCCCUCUGGUUGAUGCUAUGCGAUACCUUCGCGCAACAGAAGUUGGUCGCGUACCGACAUCCUCCAAGUAUGAACUGCACCUUCGUCUCAAAUCUCUCAAGAAUGGUCCCGUGGUCCGCAACCGUAUCCGCCUCCCGCAUCCUGUAAAGACCGAUCUGCGUAUUGCCGUCAUCUGUGACCCCAACUCUGCUGCUGCUACUGCCGCAAAGAAGGCCGGAGCAACAUUGGUCGGUGAAGAGGCUAUUUUCGAUGCUGUCAAGGAGGGUCGCAUUGAGUUCGACCGCUGUCUGUGCCACCAGGACUCGCUCGCAAAGAUGAACAAGGCCGCUAUGGGAAGAAUUCUGGGUCCAAAAGGCUUGAUGCCUAGCGCAAAGACUGGAACUGUCGUCAAGGAUGUUGCAGCAAGCGUGCAGGACAUGGUUGGUGCAAGCGAAUACAGAGAACGUCUGGGUGUCAUCCGCAUGGCCAUCGGACAGUUGGGCAUGACCCCCGAGGAGCUUUCAAGGAAUAUCAGAAGCUUCAUUGAGAACGUCAAGAAGGACAUGGCUGGUAUGAGCGACAGAAUCUCAAAGGACAUUCACGAGGUGGUCAUCUCUUCAACAAAUGGUCCCGGUCUCAGCUUGAACGGUGACCUCAGAGGCCCAGACUCGAUAUCCACAAAGGACCUCUCAACUGCCAUGUAAGAAGCAUAGGCAGGUAAAGCAUUGUACAUAUACCCAAUCUUCUCACGUGCCCUUCUUCUUUCUGUACUACUUCUGUAUCACCAUUUCAAUAACCAGAUGCUGCCAGCUCAGCCAUGGAGACCAGGGCUCGCCCCCCUAGUCGGCCUCC